CUCACGAGGCAGGCGCCCGAUUAUUUUAGUAUUUGUUUAUUUUACAAUUUAGCUUUCUUCUUGAGACUGAAAUCUUGCGCUGUUGCCUCAGUUCUGAAACACUGAGCGCUGGAAUUCUGAGAAGCAGAGCUUCCAUGUGGGAUCCGACCCGCUCCCUGUCGCCUGAGGAAAUGCAAGGAGCSAAAGUUACUGUGAGACCUCACGGUGAGGUCCUCUUGUAAUGGAAGAAAUCGCAGCUGACCAUGAUGUCACUAUGGAAAGAUACAAAUACGUGUUGGUGAUUGACUGUAGUAGUACAGGGCAGUCCAAGAGACAUGGUUGGAUUUUUAAGCACAAAUUACAACUAAGGAUUGAAAUACAUUCCACCGAUUUUCCUCUGUGAAAGCAUAUAACCUGCAUGGAUUCCAGGGAGCUGUCCUUUGGACAGAGAGACCCCAUUGCCGUCUGUGUCUCAGGCAGCGCUCCGUGCACGGCUGUGCCUGCCUGGCUGCUAAACCCGGAGGGUCGACCUCACUCCGAGCUGCCCGCGCUGGGAGGGCCGAGCGCGCACAUGAUGAUUGUUGCCAGCCAUUCCGAACACGGACAGGUGCUUCAUGUCAUUCCUUCUGCCCAGCCAGGAAUGGCCCAAGUGAUUGUUCCUCAAGGACAGCUUCUGGACAUGACCAGCAUGCAGGAUGUUUCAGAAGAAAAGUGUGGUGAUGGGAACUUGCAGACAGUAGCAGUGGCUGCUGUAGGAGACACUGCAAGCAGUUACAUUCUACAUCCACAUGCAUCUCUCUCUCUAUCAAAAAGAAACAUCACAAGGCUAUUGGAAGAUCCCUUUCCUGUUCCUGUCCAGCCAUUGCCCCCAAAUACACCUCCAUGGGCACACCGUCUCAGGAACUGUGAGAAAAUUGGGGACUCGUACCGUGGCUAUUGUGUGAGUGAGGGCGAGUUAGAGGGUGUCCUAAUGCUACACAAGCAGCAAACGCAGAGUGUGUGGGGGACACGCCAGUCCCCAAGCCCAGCCAAACCCGCCACGCGGCUGAUGUGGAAAUCCCAGUAUGUCCCAUACGAUGGGAUCCCUUUUGUCAAUACAGGAAGCAGAGCCAUUGUAAUGGAGUGCCAGUAUGGACCAAGGAGGAAAGGUUUCCAGCCCAAAAAAGCUGGUGAGCAGGAAUGUGCCUCUGGCUAUCUGUACAAAGCCACUUGUCCAGCAAGGAUCUAUAUUAAGAAGGUUCAAAAGUUUCCAGAGUAUAGAGUUUCAACUGACCCUAAAAUUGACAAGAAAAUCAUAAGAAUGGAGCAGGAGAAGGCAUUCAACAUGCUGAAGAAGAAUUUGAUAGAUGCUGGAGGUGUCCUCAGGUGGUAUGUACAGUUACCCACUCAGCAAGCCCACCAGUAUCAUGAAAUGGAAACUUCGUGCCUUCCUCCUUCGCCUUCCCAUUUUCCUAUGCCUUCUCCAGAGGAAGAGGAAGAAGUUGUUGGAGAGGAGAACUGUGCGUUGCCUUCUCGGCUUCAUCCCCAAGUAGCAGACAAGAUCCGAGAGCUGGUGUCUCAGGGAGUACAACAGGUCUAUGCAGUGAGGAAGCAACUAAGAAAGUAUGUGGAAAGAGAAUUAUUCAAGCCUGAUGAAGUGCCGGAGAGGCAUAACCUGUCUUUCUUCCCCACUGUGAAUGACAUCAAGAACCACAUUCAUGAAGUGCAGAAGUCCCUGAGGAAUGGAGAGAUGGAGUAUGACUCAGACAGCAUACCAGCAACACUGCAGUGGACCACAGACAGUGGGAAUGUGCUCACAGAAACGGUGACUGUUACAUUUGCCUCAUCACCUUCAGAUGGGAGUCCAGCAAAGGAGCCGGUCAUCASCAAAGCAGAUUGCAGCCAUAGCGGGGAGUCCCUGCUACCACAAACAGCUCAACUGUUGUCGUCACUCUCUUCAUUUCAGCCCAAGAUAUUUGCACAACUUCAGGGAUUACAGCUGCAGUCAACAUUUAGCUCCACGAAUGGAUCAACAGCCCUGAUAGCUGUGAAUAACCAUUCCCCUCCCAGCUCUGCAAGUCUCUUGGAUCCCAUAGGGAGUCCARUAACCAACCAAGUUAGUCAGGAGCAAAGCCUGCAAGUGAGCACUGUUCUAACCCAGCGUAGCACCACAGGCUCUGCUUUGGGACAUCCCCCUGGCUCCRAGCACGGUCUGGUCACCAUGGACCAGCUGGUAGCAGCUGAAGGGGUAGAUGACGCCCGAGGCCUGGAAGGAGGAGUCCAUCCGAUUCUCCUGGGCGAUGUACAGACUGUUCCGGUGCUAAACAUGGACAGCCAUCAGCUUACUGAAGAAAAUCCAGAGGGUAUURUCUGUGUGAGCCGUGUUAAACAAGAACCCAGAGAAAAACUCUUGUCUGUGGAGACAGAUAAAAUCAGAGUCCACCAGAGCUCAUCACCUAUUUGAAUGUAGAAUGCUGCAUGGAUUUUUCAGAUCAAAGGAUUCAAAACAUCUUGGAAAGAAAGGUGGAUGCUAUCAAARUCGUGCCAAUCUUUUAAAAAUGAAAUUGUGCCAUUCAGGCUAGGCAUAUUUUACACAGGUUCUGAUGGACAGCUGCUUUGCUUUACAGCUGAUAUGGUUCACUGCCAAUUCCAAUUAUUCACUUCCCAUCUGGAAUUCCACCUCUCUCUUCUAUUUCAAGUUUUGAGUAGUUUAGAGGGUAUCCAGAUGGCCCAUUUUGGUCAGCAUUUGUGAAGAUCUUGCACAAUUAAAUCCUUUCGUUUUAGAGUGUGGAUCAAAAUACUGAUUUUUGCUUAUCUCCUUGAGACCCUCAAUUGUUACAGUGCUCUAGAAAUGGUGGAGUCUACCAGCUCCRAGACCCCAGAAUCCAGCA